UCAGGUCCAGUGUGCCUGUGACGUAGUGCUAACUGUAAAGUCGGCAGAAUCUGGGCAUCUCGGUUAAAAUUGAGGUGUUCUGUAACACAAGCCUUAAUGCAGGUCAAGCUCAAAGUUUGCUAGCUGGAAUUAUAGUUUACCAAUUAAUCAGCAAACAUGUAUGCAGGAACAGAUCCUGGACAUGUUGUGUGUAUGUGCCAAAAAGGGGCUGCUAUUUUUUUUUUUUUUUUUAAAUAAACACAAAACCCUUUUUUUUUAUGAAAACAACAGAACAGAAACCUGCUUUAUUCCCCAAUAUAUUCCCCCCAGGUCCAAUUGCUGGUCAUGUGGGAGAUGGGAAUUUCCACUGUCUGAUGGUGCUGGAUCCCACAGACCCUGACGAAGUCCAGAGAGUUCAGGAGUUCACUGACCGUCUGGCCAGGCGUGCUCUGGCACUGGAUGGGACCUGCACAGGGGAGCAUGGGGUAGGGCUGGGGAAGAGAGCUCUGCUGCGGGAGGAGGUGGGACCCCUGUGCAUGGGGGUAAUGGAGGGGGUCAAGGCCUCCCUGGACCCCCAAAACCUGAUGAACCCUGGGAAGGUCCUGUAGUAAUGCCCAGAACUGAUACUGAAGCUCCGUCUCAUUUCUCGCCAAGAGGACGACCCCUUCUGCAGCUUUGAUUGUGUGGAAAUACUAUAUACAGCAUCCCCACUACCUCACUUUGAAGAAGUGUUUAAAGAAGCCUCAGGUUUCUUGUUUCUAACUUUGUCUUCCCCCAAUAUAAAGUGCAAAUCUAAAUCACUCCUAUCACAUUAUACGGUAGUUCUAGAUUUAUGUAGAAGUGGCAUGUUAGCUAUGGACUUGAGUCCUCUAAACAUGUUUAUUUAAAAUCAUUAGUUUAUAUAAAUGCCAAGUUUUUAAAUGACUUUGAUGAUUUUACAUGCUAUACAGUAAAUUAAUGCAUCAUUUGUUCCUAAUGAGAUGCUUUAAUUAAUAAAAGCAGCUUGAAAUGUUAUGCUUUCCUGGCUAGGAUGCUUUUACAAAUAUAAAGUGUGCCAACCACACUUUCUUCUUUAGGGUUACUUCUCUUGCAUGCCCCAAUUUGUUUUGUGUACAUUUCAGUAAGUAGUCUUUCAUGCUUUCCAGAAGUCAUGCUAAAUCAAUAUUCAGGGUGAUUAAUAAAACUGGCCAAUACUGUUGCUGAAAAAACAGUAGCAAUAGAGAAUUCAAGCAAGUCACAAAGAUCAUGUGACUUUUAAAGUUUAUUUUAUUAAUAAUAGAAUUACUGUGAUACAACAAAACCCUAAUCUAGUUUCAAUAUAAUUAGCAAAGCUGCUGUCUUGAUAUACUGUAGGUAGGCUUUGUUAGUAAGUUGGUAAUUUCCUCUCUGGUGAAAAAUUAACAGCAAUGGAAAAGUUAACAAACUAAACCAUUGGUGAAAAAAAAUCAACUAACAAACAAAACACUUACAUUAAGAGAAUUGCUUCGUUAAUUGUACUGAGACUAGAUUAGGGCUUUCGUUAGCACAAGUUCUUAAGAUCUGUCUGUCUUAAUAAUAGCUAUAGUUCUGAUUUUGAUAUUUAUAGUUAUGGUGUGUGAUGUAUUAAUAUACUUGUUUUUCUCAUGUGUAGUAGUGCGACAUUGAACACAGAAGUCAGGGCAACCCAUAAUUUUAUAUAUUAUUUCAAUACCACUUAUCAAGUCACCUGCACUGAGAAACCUUUUUUCUUAGUAUGUAUAUAUUUUUCUUAUUAUUUAUUUAUUUAUUUAUUUUUACUAUAAAUGCACAAACAUUUCCAGCCAACAGUUCAAACAUCAAAAUCAGUAAACAUGAUCUAUCUCCUAAAACAGGCAUCAAUUUAAAUGAUAUAAAAAGAAAUCCCACAGCCUCUAGUAAAUAUUUAAGUGGUUCCCAGUAAGCAGAGUGGUUUAAAAAGGCUUUUCCUGAUAUAAAGGAAAUACAUUGAUUCUAGCUUAAUCUCCCAAUUUCCAAAGAUAUACAACACUGCCUGUGGUUACAAUUCCAAUCUUGGGACCAUUCCACAGCUUUCAUUGGACAAUAAACACUUUGAAAAAGAAACACCCCAUGUGCCGUAACUUGUUUGAAUUCAGUCAACACAUAGUGCUACUGCGAUUGAAUUCAGUCAACACAUAGUCUACUGUGAUUGAAUUCUGUCAACACAUAGUGCUACUGUGAUUGAAUUCUGUCAACACAUAGUGCUACUGUGAUUGAAUUCUGUCAACACAUAGUGCUACUGUGAUUGAAUUCAGUCAGCAUAUAGUGCUAAGCUCCCCAAAAGGUACCUACCCCUCCCCAAAGACAUUCAGUCACACCCACCCACCCACUCUCGCUCACCCACAAACACACAGUUUAUACAGGUGGCCUUAUUUGGCAACUUUCACUUACAAAGUGUAUCUAGGUAGAAAUAAAGAGGGCUCAUCCAUUUUUCUUAAUAGAUUGUAAACAUCAGCAAAAUAAUAACAUACGCACACACACAAAACAUAAAAUUUGUAAACAUUUCAAGGACAGACCAACAAACUGCACUGCCAAAAAAAUAACCUCACUUCGUCAAUGUUCUUCGGUUCAGAUGCUUCACAAGAGGCCCAGGAAUUCAAAUGUGGCUCAUUCUCCAAUUCAAUUGCGUCUUGACCUAAGCCUCCGUACGUACAACUCUGUAACCACCACCAAUAAUCUGUCCAAGCCCUUUCAUUUAUGAGAGAGAGAGGUUUUUUCAAGUCAAGAGUUUUAGAGCUACCAUGAUCUGGACUGUAUUUUUUUUUUUCCCCCACGGUAAAAAAACGGCUUAUUUCACAGCAUUUCAUGGGUAUUUCCAGAUA